AUGGGUCGAUACGAGCUCGAGCAUCCCAAGGACACGGUUAAUCUCAAGCGUCACGGCGAACGAGCCUCGUCAACACCUCUUAGAUCCUUCAUGUCUUCUUCGACAACCACCCCCGGCUCCCCCUUCCCCGUCAUCCUGCCCAUGAUCAACCACAUGGACUCCUUCGACCGCCCCAGCGCCCCCCUCGGCGGCCCGCUGGACUUCUACCUUCACGGCUGCGUCUCAGCCCGCAUGUUCAACGCCUCCCGCUUUGCCGGCAUGCCCGUCUGUGUUGCCGCCUCACACGUCGACGGCCUGCUACAGCUGCAACUACCGUUCGGCCGUGCUCUUCGGCCACGCGUCCUGGUGGAGUCGGAAGAGGAGAGGCUCUACGCCAUGGAGCUCGUCAUGAAUAGCCCGAUCCCGAGCCCUCACAACAGGGUCGAGCUUCCUCAGUAUGCCUCGGCGUUCUGCGACGGCUUUGCCAAGGACAACAGAGAGAAUAGCAUCGCGGCUACAAGAAAGUAG